AGGAGAGUCCCUCCUCAGUCCUCACAGCUUGCGUCUUUGUGUUAAGUCCCCUCAGACUCUUCUACUCUCCGCACGUGAAGAUUUGAUGCCAGAUUCUGAAUCAGUGACAGAUCCGUCAGACAGACACAAUGACAGCCGCCAACGCUCCGCGAGACAGGUAUAAUGCUGUGUGGAUCAUAUUCUUCCUUCUGGGCCUGGGAACUCUGCUACCAUGGAAUUUCUUCAUGACUGCUACCAUGUACUUUACCAGCCGUCUGAAAAACGGAGAACACAAUCUGACAGCCAAUGCGACGGUGGCAAUAGACGAUCGUAACGUCCUCGAGUCAAAGUUCAACAACGUGAUGACGCUGUGUGCCAUGGUACCGCUGCUGAUUUUCACCUGCCUCAACUCCUUCAUUCAUCAGAGGAUUCCUCAGAAGCUGAGGAUCUCAGGCAGUCUGUCUGUCAUUUUAGUGGUGUUUCUCAUCACAGCCAUGCUGGUGAAGGUGGAGAUGGAGCCCCUGCCGUUCUUUACGUUUACUAUGAUCAAAAUCAUCUGCAUCAACUCGUUCGGGGCGAUUCUGCAAGGGAGUCUGUUUGGUUUGGCUGGGAUGCUCCCAGCGUCCUACACCACCCCCAUCAUGAGCGGACAAGGCCUGGCAGGGACGUUUGCAGCCUUAUCCAUGAUCUGUGCACUCGCCUCGGGUUCAGCGUUACAGGACAGUGCGUUCGGUUACUUCAUCACUGCCUGUGUGGUUAUUCUCCUGGCCAUCAUUUCUUACUUCACUCUGCCUAAAAGGGAGUUUUUCCGGUAUUAUUCUGAGAGCAAUGGCUCCAGAUCCAGCUCUGAUGAGGAAAACAAGAUGGAUUUGCUGAAGCCAGGUAAUGUCCAGCAAAAUGUAAUACAUUUCUCCGAUUUGGUUUGUUCUGAAGAUGAUGGUGGUGAUGAUGAAUGUUUGUGGACACAUUCUGACAUGUGCUCUCUGUUCUCUGUUCAGCCCGGUAAAGACAGCAUCUGGCUGCCCAUCCUGGUCAUCGCACGCUUGGUGUUCGUUCCUCUCUUUAUGCUCUGUAACGUUCAGCCCAGACACUACCUGCCCGAGGUGUUCUCUCACGACGCCUGGUACAUCGUUUUCAUGAUCCUCUUCUCCUUCAGCAACGGAUACCUGGCCAGCCUCUGCAUGUGCUUCGGACCAAAGAAAGUGUCCCAACAUGAAGCGGAGACCGCAGGGGCCAUCAUGGCCUUCUUCCUCUCUCUUGGCUUGGCUGUGGGAGCCGCGUUAUCCUUCGCUUUCCGGGCCAUGAUCUAGAACCGUGGCCUAGUUCUCCGUAUGAUGAAGAAGAGGAACUUUAACCCCAGAUAUACACAGAGCCAGAGAGAAUGUUUUCAUUCUGCACAUGUAUCCGCUUGCCUGUUUGUCCCUCUUGUGUGUUUUCUUGAAGAAGUGGAACUGGAAUAGACAGUAUUCACACAGGGAUUCGAAGAGGGACCAUCUUCA